GCGAAAGCGGUAGUGGCUCUACACCCGUCGGUGUGUCAGACGCGGAUCCUCCAGAAGUUUUGCGCCUGACCCCGAUCAUCUCGUCCGGAGUAUCAAAUCUGCGCCAAAACCCCCAUAAGUUUACGGUUCUUCUGGGGUAUGGAACUGGAUAAAAUGGACGAAAACGACUGGAAAUAUCACGGGGAGGGCAACAAGAGCCUGGUCGUGUCUCAUUUGCAGCACUGUCAAGUUCUUCGUCUGCUGAAGUUUCCCUCUGAAGACUCUGCACAUACACGACAGACCGCAGAACAAGCUUUUCGACACAUCCUCAACAUCGUGGAUUAUAGUAAAUAUGUCAUGAAGCCUUUACUGGGGGAGAAAUACAUUCACAGUGGAGAGGUUGUUAAACUACCGCUGGACUUUGUGAGACAGCUGUCGCUAAAGGUCCAACAAGAACGACCUGAACUGCGCUGUGACAAGGUCAUGGACACAUUCAGUGGGUGUGGUUUAUGCCUUCCCAACCUGACCCAACUUCCCCUCCACCACCUCAGAGACCACAGACCUCCAAUCUGCGUUGAGAUUAAGCCAAAAUGUGGAUUUCUACCCUUUUCAAGGCACAUAACCAAGGAAUGCAAGCGCAAAGUUUGCAGAUUCUGCAUGCAUCAGCAUUACAAGUUAGCCAAUGGGAAGUGGAAGCGAUUGAGCAGAUAUUGCCCUCUGGAUCUCUUCUCAGGGAGCAAACAGCGAAUGUAUGUUGCAUUGAAGAAUCUGUUAGAAGAACCACAAAACAACUUGAAAAUCUUUCAGGGUGGAGAGUUGAUAUUUAGCUGUAAAGACGAUGCCAAGCAGCAACCCGAAUUGAAUGAUCUCAUUCAGCACCUUCGGCCUUAUUUCCCUCAUAAUAAUGGCCUCUAUAACGGCCACCAGCCUGGCAAAGCUGUCCUGAAUGAGUUCAUUCAGGUGAUUUGCUCCGCCCUGCUCAGCGGCGGGGACUCGAAUCGCUCGGGAGAGCCCAGGAAGGUGCACCUGUCCGAGAGCAGGCCGCACUGUGAAGCGAGUCCCUUCCCAAGAGACCUACUCCGCAACGGUAACCACGGCCUCCCUAAAGACAGUGUCCUCGCAAAAAUCCUCCAAGUCCAGAUGCUGGAUAACCUGGAUAUUGAAGGAAUCUACCCUCUGUACAAACGCGUGGAGCAGUAUCUAGAAGAGUUCCCGAAAGAAAGAAACCGAUUGCAGAUAGAUGGGCCUUAUAAUGAGAGUUUCAUGGACACGGUGAAAAACUGUCUUUCUGAAGAUGACGGCUCUGUAGAAUAUGCAGUUGGGAAGGUUCAUCAGUAUAGAGUCGCAAUGACUGCCAAAGACUGCUCAAUCAUGAUCACGUUUGCACCUUGUGAGGAAGAUGAGGAACACCAGUUGAAUUUGGAGAAGCCUCGUUUCACGUAUUCAGUCUCCAUCCUGGAUCUGGACCCCAAACCGUAUGAAGGCAUCCCUCACCAGUACAAGCUGGACACCAAAAUCGUCAACUACUACCUGCGGAGCACGCAAGCUCCGCCCCCCUCCAGCCUAUAUAAGGAAAGGCAGGAAUGCACGCUGCUCUUCCAUGCUGUAUGAGACACCUCUACA